AUGCACCUUCAGGGUCACUCGGCGUCUGUCGCUGGUGGCGCCGCUCGCGGCCGGAGAUACGCUGCUGCGCUGAUGCGGAGAAAUCUUAGCGACAAAAACGUCGCCUUCAUUGUCAUUGUCGCCAUCUUCGUCUUCCUCACUUCAAUCGCCUUACUGGGCGUAAUACUCGCCAAGCGCCGUCGCCGCCGCCAACGCCAAGGGAAAAAGACGGGCGAUCCUCGGCGCGAUGUGGUGGACAACAUGCUGAGUGCCUGGCAGCCGGACGGCAGCCGGUACGAACGAGCUUGGGAGGACGACGCUACAGACAGGCGGCAAUCGCCACACCGGCUUUCUCGGCCGUCGCCGAGAUUGAGCGGCGGUGAUGAGCGGCGGCGCACUUCGGAAGUAAACGUCUCGAGAGCAAACAUCAACGGCGCCGGCGCCGGCUUGAGCAGCCGCCACGGCAGCAGGAACACCGUUGCUGUCGAGGCGGCCGCCGAGGCCGACGUUGACCGCAGCGCCUCGAUCCGCUCCGUCAUGACGCUCCCUCCCUACAGCUUCAUGGCGUCCACCAAUGAACAGGUUCUGGGGCGCGAAGGCGAAAGAGACGGCAUUGACGUGGUCAUCGCCUUGCCGACCGACGAGGAUCGCGAGGCUCUUCGCGAGGAGGAAAUGGACACGCUCUAUCAGAUCAGGCUGGCAAGGCGGCGGCAGAUUGUCGAGAGAGACGAGCUGAGGAGACAACAGAACGAGGCGAGGCGACGAAACGAUGGCGAAGCUCUGGCCGAGAUUCGCGCACACUCGAGAACCACCACCAGCACUGGCGAGUUGGACGAGCUCCGGCGAGAGGUGAGCCGGAUCCAGGAGACCAGGCAACGCUCCGUGUCUAGAGUCUCGUACGCAGACCUCGGCGUGGCCAGGCCUGAUGGAACGCGGAUCCGCGCAAACAGCAACGAGAGCGAGCGCAUGGGGCUGCUUUCCGAUGCCGCGAGCAUUGCCCUCUCGAGCCAGUCAUGCGCUCCGUCUCUCGCGCGGCACCGGCGCGGACGAAGCGCAAGCUCCCUGGGUGGACAUGCCCGGGCGAGAUCGAAUCCCGAGCUUGCCGAGGCAGACUUAGGAGACGUGGCCAUGCCGCCUCCUGACUAUCACGACGUCCCCUUGGACGAUGAUGCAGAGCUCACGCAGUCCACCACGCCACUUGAUGAGCCACCGCCAGACUACCCGGGGCCUGUCCGAUCGGCAGCCGAGUGGAGCGAGCACGGCGCCCGGCCGUCGGCAUCAGGUGGUCCGGAGGCGGCGGCGACGGGAUCGGGAAAGACACAAACAGGUCGACGAAUCGGCGGGAUCCCUCAGUUGCCGAGCCUGAGAAUUUCGGGCCUCCCCGCGAUCGUGAUUGAGCCGUCGAGUGCGCAGCCGGUGAGCCGCUGA